AUGUCGUUCAAGCCGGUCGGCCGAGGCGCUAAUCGGACCGGCAUCGCACCUGGCAACAGGCUGGUGGCCGCCGGGCCAGCUACCACUGAUUCCGGUCUCGCCGACAACAACCCACCGCCUACGCCGACCCUGCGCAUGCUUCCUCCCACUAACGAAGUCAGUGUACGGUGGUUCUAUGGCGCCUGCUCCUUUGAGCGGACCGCCGAGGUACAUGUGUGUUUUGAAAGGAUGCACCUCCGACGCGGCGCGCCCAGCCCCGGAAAGGACGAUACCAAAGACAACGGCGCGAGCCGCAAGGAGACCCCUCCCGCGGUGGCGGGCCUGCUGGUCGUCAGCCUCACGGGCGGCCGCCAGAGUGUCGGGCGUUUCCGUCCGGACAUGGUCGGGAGGGCCGGCGGCCGGCCCGGAUGA